CCCCAACAUUUAUAAAAGCAACAAGACUCCUAAAUACUUGGUGAAAACGAAAACAAGAGCUUCAAGUUGAACAUCAAUGGAGACCAUGGAGCAAAGAAUCAAAGCUCUGAAUCCUAUCCACAGCCAAGUCAGGAGAAUCAAGCUAGAAGAUGAGAAGAUCAUAGAGGAGAAGUUCAAGAUUCAUAGGGCAAGAUUCUCCGAUGGCAGGGCGAGGCUGCAGCGCUCGAGAUCGCCGUUGGGGCUCGGUGGCCGGGCUAUUUCUAUCCCUGUUGGAAACUGAGGUUGAAGACGGUGGAGCUUGCUUCAUUUCUCUUGUAAAUAUUGUUUGCAGAUGAUCUUGUUUAUGGUUGUCGGUAGUGUAACUAGUGUUUGCUUAUGUUUUGUUAGGUUAGUGGUUGUGAUCAGUUUUGAGUGUUUUUUUGUCCCCUCCCCUUCUUUGGAUCAUCCUUGUGUACAUAUUUCAUGAUAUAUGGUAAGAGAGGUAUUGAUAGAGUAUAAAUUCUA